GCUGCUUCACUAGCCAGCUAUCUGACUAUCUGAGUGGCACCGCGUUCGACCAAUAGCGAAAGUUCAACCCGCGGUUUCGUCCAAUCAGAGGCGUCGUUUAGUGAAAGGGGGCGGGACUGCGAGUGUAGCGUCUGUUUAGUGUAGAAAGUGGUUUCCAGCUGUCAGCUGAGGGGAAGCUGAAGCUCAGUGUUGACAGCAGGACUCACAGUUCCUCUUUAAUCGCCGCCGGACGCCGUGUCCCUUUGUUUUUCCGUGGUUUUCAGGUCUUCGGGUCUCGGGGCUGAGCUGUGAGCCUCCAGACACACACACACCAGAGCCAUGGCCUCUGGUAAGAACAAGAACCAGACGUCUCUGGUCCUCCACAAAGUCAUCAUGGUGGGCAGCGGCGGCGUGGGGAAGUCGGCCCUCACCCUGCAGUUCAUGUACGACGAGUUCGUGGAGGACUACGAGCCCACGAAGGCCGACAGCUACAGGAAGAAGGUGGUGCUGGACGGCGAGGACGUCCAGAUCGACAUCCUGGACACGGCGGGGCAGGAGGACUACGCCGCCAUCAGGGACAACUACUUCCGCAGCGGCGAGGGCUUCCUGCUGGUCUUCUCCAUCACGGAGCACGAGUCCUUCACGGCCACGUCGGAGUUCAGGGAGCAGAUCCUGCGGGUGAAGGAGGAGGAGGCCAUCCCGCUCCUCGUGGUCGGGAACAAGUCGGACCUGGAGGAGCGGCGGCAGGUGUCGGCCGAGGAGGCGGCCGCCAAGGCCGGGGAGUGGGGCGUCCAGUACGUGGAGACGUCGGCCAAGACCAGAGCCAACGUGGACAAGGUGUUCUUCGACCUCAUGCGCGAGGUGAGGAAGAAGAAGAUGUCGGAGAGCAAAGACAAGAACGGGCCGAGCGGGAAGAAGAAGAAGAAGCGCUGCUGCAUCCUGUAGGGCGGAGUCCCAGGUGACCACGUGCCAAAAAAACCCAACAAAUCGAAUAAAACACAGAAUCUAAAA